GGUUAAUACUUUAACGCCCAUAACAUAUAAAGUUUCGUUUAAUAAUUUAUAUACAAUGUAUUUUUAAAUGUGAAGGGUAUUUUAUAACAAGAUCAAGCAAUUAGGUACAAAAUUGUAACCAGUGUAAAUUGGUGUAAUGUUAAAACUGUCAAUUUAAUUAAAUUGUCAUCAUUUUCACAAAUAUUUUUAAAACAUUUUAAUAUGGAAACCCAAGAAACAACAACAAGACCUUUUCUUGUAGUACAUGGUGCUAAUAUAACGGGAGUGAAGAAACCAACAAGUUACAUAGAGACACUAAUACACGCAAUAAAGGCAUAUGUUGGUUCAGGGAUUUUUGCAAUGGGAGCAGCGCUUAUGAACAGUGGAAUGCUUUUGGGUCCAUUGUUAUUACUAGUAAUAGCUUUGAUAAAUUUGCACUGUCAACAUUUACUUAUUAAAGCUUGUGUUAAAAUUGCUGAAAAAGAAGCCGUUUUAGUGCAACCAAGUUUUGCAGAAACUGUACAAUAUACCUUUGAAGAUAGUAACUCUGAAUGGUUGAAAAAACAUUCAAAAGCUUUUGGAAUUGUAACUGAUGUAUUUAUAAUUGCUGCUGAAUAUGGAUUUUGCGUUGUUUACUUCAUAUUUGUUUCUAAACACCUUGGUGAGAUUGCUGAGGCUUACAGUUGGAAACAAAAUUAUCGAGUGAUUCUUGCAAUUAUUUUACUUCCCAUGUGGGUGUCCACUUUUUUAGGCAACCUAAAGUUGCUAACACCUAUUUCGUUAAUCGCAAACAUUAUCAUGUGGAUUGGAAUUGUUUUGGUUCUGUAUUAUUCUAUGGCAAACUUGGAUGUGACAACUAAGCGAAAUUUAAUAUCACACCCCGAGAAACUCCCUCUUUUUUUCGGGAUAGUCUUAUUUGCAUUUGAAGGAAUUACUUUCAUCAUUCCUCUACGAAUGGAAAUGAAGGAACCAGAGUUUUUCACUAGCCCUUGUGGCAUUUUAAAUUUAACAAUGGUAGUAAUAAUAAUUCUGUACUCUCUUGUUGGUGUGUUUGCUUAUUGGAUGUGGGGAGAUAAAGUCGAAGGAAGUGCUUUCCUUAACUUACCACAAGAAGAAGGAUUGGCUAUAGCUACCAAAAUUUUAAUAUCAGUGGGAGUAAUGUUUACGUUUGCUUUGCAUAUGUAUAUUCCUUUUGAAAUUGCGUAUCCGCGAUUUUAUAGAAAGUGGGGACCUUUCAAGCAUCCAGUCUUGAUUAUAUACACUUACAGAUCAGUGGCUGUGUUAAUAACAUAUGGUUUGGCAAAUAUUAGUGCCAAUUUGGCUACGUUUAUUUCGUUGAUUGGGGCUUUAACUGGUGCUUUUUUGGCACUGUUUCUACCCGCAUUACUCGAACUGGUAAUGAUGUAUGGGUCGUUAACAUAUUUUGUUAUUGUAAAAGAUAUAUUUAUAAUUGUUGUGGCUGUUGGUUCGGCAAUUACUGGCACAGUAUUGUCAAUUAUGAGUAUUGUAAAUGAAUACAUGGGCGAGGAUUGACUGAAGUACUGCACAUUCUUACAAAUGACUUCGUAUGCGGUUAAAAAAUACAAAUAAACAUUUUUUUUGCGUUUUGUCAUUUUAUCACUUUUCACAAUAUUUGGUAU